ACAUUCUGAGACCUCUUCAAAGGAAACUCUAAUUGAAGAGAAAAGUCCAAAGACCAAGUGCCAGUCCAGCGUCGCUGGGGCUGCUGACAUUGACAACACCAAUGAGGAGGAUUCAGAGGAGUCUCUGAAUAACAAUGUGGUGGACGUUCAGGUUGAGUCGCUGGCCCUGGUCAGUGUGGAGAAAGACGCUGCUGGAGAUGGAAAGGUCCUCAGCAAGGUGGUGAAGCCCAAAGGGUGUCUGAAGGAGAGCUGCAAAGAUCAGCUAACCCCAACAAUCUAUGAUAUGAUUACGGAACUACCAAAGGUAAGGAACAAGAAGCCUGUUUCGGAAAUGAAAGGUCAAGUGUCUUUGCAAAUUGGGUGUGUCAGAGAUGUCUCAAGCGGGACAAUUAUACAAAUAAGCUGCUAUAAUCUUUGACUUUGGAUGUCUGUGGUAUGUUUUGUGAAAAAGGACAGAUAUCUGUUUUGUUCUGACUCUUUCAUUGCUCUGCAUUGUCUGCUUAGUCCUAUUUCGGAUCCACUGAGAGCCUUCCUGAGAUGUGUCUCAGAGGUCCAAAGGUGUGCAGUGGAGUGCCUGAUGUGUCAAAUGCAGUGGGAGAGGUGUCCAGUGACACAAUGACGACUGAAGCUGCUGAAGACCUUCUGGACACUGGAAAUGUCCUGAGAAAGGUGGUGCAGCUAUCCACCGAGAGCCAUGCUGAGGUGUGCAAUGGAGAGGCUGAGCUGUGCAGAGGUCCUGAGGUGUGCAGCAGAGGUCCUGAGAUGUGCAGUGGAGGUCCUGAGGUGUCAAACCCAGUGGAAGAGGUGUCCAGUGAUACAAAGACAGAGGCUGUUGAAGAACUUCGGGACACUGAAAAUGUCCUCAGCAAGGUGGUGAAAUCCAAAGGGUGGCUGAAGGAGGGCUGGGAAGAUCAGCUGACCAAAGACUUCAAUGAUAUGAUUGCAAGACUCCCAAAGUCCUAUUUUGGAUCCAACGAGAGCCUUCCUGAGGUGUGCAGUGGAGUGCCCGAGGUGUCGAACGCAGCGAAAGUGGUGCGCAGUGGCACAAAGAAGCAGAAGAAAAAUGGCGUUCUACGAUGCUUCCGACGUGUGUGGAAGUUCUUCACAUGCACCAACAGCCUCCCAAAAGAGGAGUGACUCAAGCACACACAACUCCGGGCCACACUUUCUCCACCAUCUCCCCCUUUCCUUCC